AGACGAGCUAGCAGACACGCCCCCUUCAAGAAAUGCUUUCUUGCAGCUAGCCAGUCAUUCAAGGUGUUUUAGCAGAUUUCAAUACAAGAGGAUCUUGAAGCUAAAGGGGUACCCAUGGAUGAUCAGAGUCUUCGAUCAGAGCUGACCAGACUCCAGGAUCGAGAGGCCACCCUCUCACACCUCCUCACACUGGAGAGAGAAAGACGAGUUAGAGCUGAGCACCUCUUUGAAGUAGAGCGUCUUGCAUGCUUUCAGCUCGGUCACCAGCUUGUUAGACACAAGGUCAAUCACGCUGAUGCAAAGAGUGAAGGCACGAUACUGUCUAACAGUGACGGACAUUGUUACAACGCUUUAUCGAACAAAGAUCCUGUGGAGUCUUGCAUUGCCUUCAAAGAUACAAGCAGCUCAAAGGCACCUAUAACAAAUGGUGAUAUUGGAGCAUUCGGAGAUACCACAACUAUAAUGAAUGCUAAUCUGACACCAUUGUCCACUGAAGAUGACUUUGCAUCUUCGAUUUUCAGCCAACUUCCUCCUAAUCUCCAAAAUAUGCUAGGAGUAGGUGGUGUUGGAGACACUCAAGAAGACAAAGAUGUUGAAGCAUUGUCCAAUGCUGCUGCUGCCGUUCGUGCUAACAACCCAGACACACUGCGGAGGUACGUAUCGUUGCCUGGACUACAGAACAGCAAGGGAAAGUCCCUAUUGGAGAUGAGUUGUGAGAGAGGACAUGAGGGAUGUGUGCGUGUGCUGCUGGAGAGGGGCUGGAGCCCUAAUGAGGCAGCAAAGAACAAGUGGACGCCUCUGCACAUCUGUGCAAAGCAUGGGCACUUGACUUCACUAAAGACUCUGCUGGAGUUUGGUGCUGAGCCCAAUGUGAGGGAUGAUGAUGACCAGACUCCUCUCUUCCAAGCACUGAGGGCUGGCCAUGAAACUACUGCCCAGUACCUACUUCAGGCCCCAGGGACAUCUCUCACGAUUGUUACCAAGGAUGGUCGCUCCCUACUCCAUGCUGCUGUCCUUGGCAACCUGCCACACACACUACGCCUGCUCCUGUGUCACCUGCAAGCUUCACUCAAGGGGUUGGAAUUCAAGACAAUUCUCAACUCCCCUGAUGGCUCUGGUAGUACCCCCCUACAUACGGCAGUGUCUGGGGGUCACAAGGACUGUGUGGGGGUGUUGUGUGCCUGUGAUGUAGUGGGCGUGGCACUACGAGAUCGCUGGAACAGGACUCCCAUGGACAUGGCUCCUGAUGAGGAAUGCAGGGCAAUGCUCCGAAAUAGAGAGAGCAGGGCAGUACUGGUUAUGGUGGAGUCUCCAGACCAUUCUAGCACUCAACACAAGACCAUUGGUCAGCUCUCAGUCCUAGCCCAUCAUCGACUCUCAGACAUCGAACUCCUCAUUGCCGACCUCCUAUCUCGAUAUUGUGAGAAUCUUCGAGGGCAUUCUUUACUCACUCCACUCGAGAGGUUACCCCAAACUCAUCAUGAAGAUGAACAACCGUCCACUAUUGACGUUGCAAAAUCACUUUCGGAGAGAAUACAAAGCGAGUGUGAGCUAGCUGAUGCACUUAUUAAUAAGGGCGACUCUGUUUUGACGCACAAAUACUUCCAAAACUGCUCCAAGUCAAUCAAGAGUGUUUGUGCGAGGAUCUCAUCUCUUGAUCUGGACAGUGAUAAUGUGGCUUGUUACCGAGUGGGGUCGUACGAGUGGAGACACGGGACACUGGAUACGGGAGUGGGUGGUAAGACUCUGCUCAGUGUGCUCGGUGAAGCACAGCCAGCUCAAGUCAGGAUUACUCUGAAAGGUCUGAACGAUGCUUGUCUGGAUCAGCUGGCAUUUGAGCUGAUGAUCCCUGUUGCUAAGUUACAGAAAUACAUUGACUUGAUUGAGCGGCACAAAGCUCUGAUAAUCCAUGGCCCUCAAGGCAGUGGCAAAACUCACCUAGCAAGAGCUCUAGCCAACUACAUCAAGGCUAACAAGAAAAGGGCCCAGGUGGUGUACGUUUCUCUCCACCCAAGCUUCCAAAGAGACGACUUAUUUCGUCUCUUCCACCUCAACGGACUGCUGAGUCAGCAGGAAGGGGGUGGUCCCUCCAAACAGUCACAUGUGGUAGUUUUGGACGAUCUCUCGUCAAUACACACACCGAGUGUCCUUGCCGAACUGUUGACAUCUCUCGAGUAUCGAGGGGCAGAGAUGUGGGUGAACGAUGUGUACGGGAGAGAUGGGUCUCUACUCUAUCCGUGUGGCCAUUACUACCUCACUAGCUCCUCCUACUUUAUAGCCACCACCAGCAAGGACUCCAGUCCUGGUGGUGAUUGGGUGGACCAGUUUGCCCACAUCUCCCUGGACCUGCCCUCGUCCAGUGGAGUCCUCCUGCGUCACCUCAAUGCUCGAUUGGUUCAUUCUACGAGGGAGCUUGUUCCACACCCCGCUCUGCCAGUGUGUAGGAUGGUCUGGUGGGUGUUCCAGGUCUGGGUGCUCUAUAACAACUUCCUGAGACGAAUUGGCCUCCAGAAACAAGCAGUCGGUGUGAGACACUUUAUCCAGUGCCCUGUCGAAUCAGGCAAGCCUGAAGCAAUUUCCAGCUGGCUUGUAUCACUGUGGAGUCACCAUCUUGCCCCGGCUGUCAGGUCCACACUCCUCACACCAUCCUCACAACCCUCACAAAGCCACGCCCUCCCAGACUUUCAGCUAGUCUCAAAGUGUCUGUUCUCUUGCGUAGAUGUUGUGUUUCAGCCAUGCUGUCCUCUGAGCUACGAGGCCAGGGAGGCAUGCAUGAGUCAGUUAAGAGAGGCCAUUGAGAAUGAAGAGACUGAGCCGAGGGUAAAGAGAGAGGAAACAAAUCCACACAAUCACAAAGACGACGCUUCAACAAACCCCCAGUCUACAAUUUCAAACAACACAGACCAUCCUUCAGCUGCAUCCCACCCCGCCCACAAGCCACCCCUCCCCCCUCAAUCAUCAGGGAGUAUGGUCUCGUACGAGGACAUGCUCCGAGACUCACCCAGGAGCAAGACAAAGCACCACAAUGACAAGACCAGACGCAACUCAUCAACGAAAUCAAGUGACUCAAUACCACACAUGCCUCAGGACAAUGGCAACAGUGAACCAGCAGCUGUCGAGAGAGUUGUGUUGAGACCUAAGUCACGAAAUAAUACCCUGAGAAAAAUUCGUGCAAAAACGAUUGGCCUCUUUUCAAAGGAUCCCAAUGGAUCUUCUACUCUACCCAAAUUGUUCAGAAGGGGGUCAAAACAAUCUCUAAACGCCAGUGCUAUCUCUGAAAACUUAAGUCCCUCUGAAAUCAACCCAGCCAAGGAAGCUAGACAAAUGGAAGACAUGUUCGAUCUUCUCACCUCGGCAAACUCCAGUCGGUUUGAGGACCAACGGACCGUCUCUCCCCCUCCGAGAGCCGUGAGUAUGUGUAUGGACACCGACGACAAAAGAAGAGAUCUAGACAAUUUCCUCGACAUGCUAACAUCUGUGGACACAUCAAGAAUCGAUGAGCAACGGAGUCCUCUACCUCCCGGGGUCUCUUCAAGGUCCAGCGCUAAGAAAAAGGUCAUCAAAACAGUGCCUAAAUACACGCUACCGACUGAGUCUCCCCUCAGGGGAUCGUACAAAAACCACCCAAGCAAGCUACAUGCUAUUCGAGGUUCCAGCCCCACACCAGCUUACUCCACUCCUGAUAUUCCCAAUGCAGUUUACAAUCAUUCAUCACCUCAUAUCAUGACUCAGCCCAUCGAACGGAGGUACAACAACGUCUCCGUGUCCAGCUAUGACUCGGUGUUUAAUGAUGAUCCUCGUAGUCCUCACUCAACAUCUGUUGCAGACGAGGCGUACCAACAGCAGGACAGCCCCCGUUCUGAACCUGGCUUAAAACAGUCAUUCAAGGAUCGAGCGCAAACUAACGAUGCAAGUACCAUAUCGGAGCCACUUAGACGUCGAAAACCACCCCUUAAGAUUGACACCCACUCAUCUGUCAAAUCCACACCACCACAUAAUGUUCGUUCACCGGCUAGCCCCCUCACAAUGGCAGUAUACUCCAGCCCCAAAGGAAGCCCAAUGGUGCAGCCAACCUCACCCCCAGUCCCGCAAGUGGCAGACUCGGCCAGAUACCCACACUCACCUAUAGGAAGACUACGAAGUGUCAAGGCCACUAGUGUUGCUGAUAUUACUGAGGUGGAUGAACUAGGAACUAUCAAUGAUUUUGACUUGUUUCGAGCAGUUUCUGAAGGUGAUCUGCUGCAAUCUUCUGCCAACGACAGUUUUUUUGAUUUCAGCCCAACCAUGACUCACAUUUACGAGGAUAGCGAUGCCUAUAAUAGUGAUAAUCGAGAUGAUGACCCACAGGACCGGAAUGGUAGACCCUCUCACAGCCACCAAUCAAGCCCUAGUGAAGAGGGACCACUAGAAACAAGCUCUCUGAAACGUCACUCAUCCCGUACCUCUGGCUAUGUUUCGGACAAUCAUUCAUCGAAUGGGAAAAGAAGCAGAAGCUCCAGCUACUACACCUCAAGAAGACGCUAUAGCAUCUCCUAUGAUCAAAAUAGGGGCGUGUCUACCUCAAACUCUCUGAGAAGACGGUCUGAUUGUAGCGGUGUGAUUAUUGGGGCUAAUCUGUUGUACAGUGCUAGUCUCGGUUGUGGCUCCCUGCCCAGACUGAACUCUUCUCGCGACCGUCUUGCAAGCAUUUGUGGGAGUCUAACAGAAGACCUCACAACAGAAAUGUGACUGUGUUGUUUUGAUUGCAUAAUUGUUAUUUGAUUGUGGAUGUUGUACGUAUACGAUACAUACAUGUGACAUGUGACAUGUAAUCCAUCAUUGAUGCUUUUGCUCUACCAUGAUUUCUGAAUAGGCUAAUUGAUUGUUACUGAUGUGUAUGUUGUCCUAUCAUUUAUAUUUUUAACCCUUCAUGCUCACUGAUACCUGACUAGCAUUCUGUUACCAAACAUCAUCAUUGCCCAACAUGCACAUCACAUGAUCUUAUAUUGCCUCAACACAAUGUUUCAUCAGACAAUUUUCAAGGGGGGAAUAAAGCUACGUAACUUGACAACCUAAUAUAGUCAAGACUAUCUCAAAAACAAGGUAAAGCUAAACUACAAGCAGUUUUUCAGUCCAACAGUAGUGACGAGGGAGUCUACUCUCAGAGCUCCUUGUCGAAGUGGAAGAUACCAUGGCCAGGUCCACAACGCUUGAUCUGGGUGAUGUAGCCACUGAUCUCCUUGAUAGCAUCCACUUGCUCUUUAAGGUACUCGCCCUCAAUGAAGUCGGCCAUCUGCAGGAAAUAGCUUUAAAUGAUGUCAUCGCACAGCAGGAUGUGAAUUAUCACAUUAUGUAACAUAAGUUUUGGGAGUGUCAACAAACCUGAUAAUCGUUGUUCUUGUCGGCAACGGCAUGGAGGUCAAGGAGAGCCUGGUUGACAUCACGCUCCAGCUGGAGGGCAGCCUCCAUAGCUUCGAGGGGACCCUCCCAGUCGUCCUUGGCUGGCUUCUUGAUGUCACUGAGAAUGACUUUGCCACCACGCUUGACUUGGAAGUUCAUGAGCUUUUCAGCAUGCUCCUUCUCCUCGUCACCAGACUUCUUGAAGAACUUGCAAAAGCCAGGGAGAGCCACAUCCCACCUGUCAAAGUAGUUGGACUGUGGAAUAGAGGGAAAAUGGUGUUAAAACAUAACAAAUCGAUUGAAUAGCCAAGAGAACUUAUAUAGUGCUUUUAUAAACACAUACUCACCAUAGAGAGAUAGGUGUACAUGGCGUAGAACUCCAAGUUGAUUUGCUUGUUGACAGCGACCUCAGACUCGGUGGCGUAGUUUUGCUUUACUAGAUCAGCCAUUUCCUUUCAGUUUCUGAAAAGUCUUGAAGAUGUGAGGGUUGAAAAGAGAGGUACUCGAAUGUACUCAGUAAAUAACAAGAGAAUCCGUGUAGACA